UCGAUAUAAAAAAAAAAUAAUAGUGAUAAAAAAAAUACACCCGUAAUCCCUCCUCAAAAUAAACAAACGGCAAGACACGAAAUUCCAUCGAAUCCCAAUGUCGUUGUUUCCAGCUUAUGCAGAUCCUGAGGCGAACGAUGAAAGCAAGUCACAUGAAAAACAGCCUCUCCCAUGGCAGACCAACGAGAGCUGCCCUCCAGAAGUUGGACAGCCAGUUCCUAUUCCUAUUCCCCCAGAAGAAAGAGAGCCAUCAGAGAAUACAGAAACUGUGCCAGGGGAUGAGAUAGCAAGAUCCCCAAAGGCAGCAAAGAAGAAGAAGAAAAAGAAGAAAAAGAAAAAACAAGCCAGGUCAACGUCUUCGUCCUCUUGUGAGUCUGAAUCAAGUCACAGGAGAAGAAAAAAGAAAAAGAAAGCCAGAAGUGAGUCCAGCUCCGAAUCAAGAUCAGUGACACCAAGACGUAGAAAUUCCAGGUCUCGUUCUCGUGGGAAAGUGUCUGAAAGUAGAUAUAGAUCACAUUCAAGAUAUAGUUCUAAAUCAAGAUCAAGGUCUCGUUCUAGAUCAAGAAGUAGCAGGUCUAAGUCAAAGCCUCGAGAAAGAAGGAAAAGGAGAUCUAAAUCAAGAUCAACGGAUCGGUUGUCGAGAAAGAGAAAAUUCAGAUCGAGAUCGAGAUCAAGAAGCUGGGAGGCAAGAUCAAAGGAUAGAAGGAGUUACAGAUCUAGAUCCAGAAACAGGAAAAGGUCAAGAUCUAGAAAUAGAAAUUCAAGUAGGAGAAAUCGGUCUCAAUCAAGGGAUAGGAGGAGGUCAAGGGGCAGACGAAGCAGAACAAGAUCAGUUUCUAGAGAGAGGACAAACAAGAAAGAGGAAGAAACUUCUAAAGGAGGAGGUGCUGUAUUACGUGAGAAAUUGUUAUCUGGGAAUAAGAGUGUAUUCCUAGAUGACUUGAAAGGCUUAGUCAGAGCUGAAGAGGCAUUCUACAUCAACGUACAAGGAGAAACUGGUAACAAGACAUUUACCACAACACAUUAUUCGCAGCUGGCCAGUUAUAAGAUGAAAAUAAGAGGUGUACUUGGAGAUUUAGACCAAAAUAUUGGGAGGCCAAAUAAGAAAGCUCUCAGAUACUUCAAGAAAAGUGUGCAAUCAUCAUUAUAUGCAGAUAGUACAUUUAUCAAACGGAUACCAACAAGCAAAAAUGAGGAAGACAAGGAUGCUGGUUAUAUACCAGUUCAACUUACCUAUGAAGAAGAAAAUCUCGUAAAGAAAGAAACCCAACCAUCACAUGUGGAUCCUUUAGGGAUAUAUGACAGUAAAACACAAGAGUACAUGCUUGGAAUAGGUGGUCCAGAUCAAGAAAAUACAUCAACCCAAGAUGCAGAAUAUGAGUACUGGCAGAGUCAGGCUAAAGCAUUUAAUGAAAGACUGGGCAAAGAACCUACUAAUAUAUCUCUAUGGCUAGAAUUUGUACAUUUCCAGGACAAGGCUCAUGUUUAUUUGUUUCGCAUAGAGGACGCAAGUGAAAAAAAUGAGAAGAAGAAGAAAAUGAAUCAGAAAGCAUUAGCUGAGAGGAAAAUUUCAAUUUUGGACUCUGCCAUAAAAAAGAAUAUUAAAUCCACUGAGUUGCAGUUUGAACGCCUUGACAUUGGACAGCAUAUCUGGGAUGAUAAAAAAUUGAAGAAUGAAUGGGGUACUUUCUUGUUUAAUUUCCCAAACAAGAUUAAAGUUUGGCAUCAGUACUUAUCAUUCUCACAAACUCAUUUUACAUCAUUUAAUUUAUCAUCAGUUGUCAAAACAUUUGCAAAGUGUACAGAAAGGUUACAGCAAAUACAAAAUGGAACAUUUUUAACACAUGCAGCACCACCUAACAUAGGAAAGUGCAUGGUAGAUGUGGCUGUGCAAUUGGCACAUGUUUGGCGGCAAGCUGGGUUUAUGGAAAGAUCAAUUGCUCUGUUCCAGGCACUUAUAGAGUUUAACUUGUUUGCCCCCGCUCAUGCAAGAGUUAAGAACAUGACAUUAGAGGCAAGACUGGCCUUUUUUGAGCCUUUUUGGGAUUCAAGAGCUCCAAGAUUUGGGGAAGAAAGAGCUUCUGGAUGGGCACAAGUUGUGGAGCAGAAGCAGCAAGUAGAAUUUCCGGAAGUUAUUCUAGGAGGAACACAAGAUGAAGAGGAUGAAUUAUUAGCAGAAGGUGGGAGCACCUCAAGACUGUGGUUAAUGCUAGAAACCUCAAGGGAGCGACGACAUUGGUUGUCAUGGGAAGACGACCCAGAAGAGUGUGAAGACCCAGAAAGAAUGGUUGCAUUUGAAGAUUUGGAACCUCAUAUUUUUUACCUAGAAGACCCAAGAGAUCAUUUUUACAUGAUACUGCAGUUUUUCAAAUUUAUUGGAGUGCCAAAUAUAGGCCAGUUUGUAUCAUCAGCUCAGGAGAGAGACACAGCAAAAAAUAAAAAUGAAAAUAGUGAGGUCAAUGAUAUAUUUCAGCCUCUCACUCUUGAAAGUCUACUUGAUAUCCAUUUGUUUGGCACUUGUUUACAGUUUGAAAAGAACGUAAAGGCUGGCGAAUUUCUAAAUUUCUCUGCCAUUGGACCAUCAUUAGGAACAAUGCUAUGUCAAGAUUACUAUAGGUUUGCAUGUCAAGCUGUAUUACAAGCAUCUAAUUUGUUUCCAGAACCACAGAAAACCAAUCUAAUACUUUUAUAUAUAAGAAUACUCGGGCUGCGCUAUUCAGCUUUGAAGAGGAAUAUCAAGGAGAGAGAAAAGCUCAGGCAGUUUGGAAAAGAUAUAAAGAAGCAAGUGAAAAAGCUUGUGAAAUCAGAAGAGUAUAGAUCCUCUCUUGUGAUAUAUGAGGAAUAUGCUAAACUAGAAGAAAUUAUGGAGCACUUUGAUGAUGCAGAAAAUGUAUAUGUUAUUGCACUUACAGCUGGAACAGCCACAGGUAAUGCACUGGACAUUUCAAAGCCAAAUUUUACUACUAUUGUAAGUUUAUUUACUGCUUACAUCAAACUUCAGAUGGAUAGAGAAAUCAAAACAGGAAGUAACAAAUUUAUUAACAAUAUAAUCUACUCUCUUUGCUCUUUGGUCAAUGAUGGGAAAUUCACAGCAGGAAAUGGUGUCUCAGCUCCAGGUGGAAGCAUCUUGAAGGCAAAAAGAAAGCUCUUUGAGAUACAAGAAUCACACACUAACACGGCAUUUGAGACAUGCAAACCAGGCAAGGAAAGUGAUACAGAAAGGCUAUUUGCAAGUAAAGUUAUUUUCUUUCUUAGCAUAAUACAGUUGCUAACUGUUGGAUUCAAACCUGCCUGCUUGAUAUUUGAAACAGUUAUUGAUAAAAUUAAUGGCAUCUUCAAGGGACCUGUGGAAAUGAAACUAGAAGAAAUUACUCUACCUGGUGAACGAAAAUCUGUAAAAAUGGCCAGCUUGACUUCAAAUCAAGAAAAAAAUCGGAAAAAGAUGCUUGAAGCUCUCUAUGAAGAUUAUCUUUGGUUGAUAGAUGUUUCUUCGAAGCUGGAUAACCUCAUCAGAGAUGGGAAGAUGUCACCUGCUGUCCUAAGACCACUCCUUGCUGAUGCUGUAAAAAGUGCUCCAGAGAACCCAAACUUCCUUGUGCUACUAGCUCAGAACCAGAACUGGCGAGACCUGCUGGGCGGAAUAGACACUAAUCCAAGGAAAAUCCCUUCCAUUUUGACUUUGGUCUCAAAGCUUCUCCCUCACCUUCAUAAAACACUUGCUCAUAUUGCCAAUACAGAGGAAGGCUCCUUGAGUUGUGGUUAUCGUUUAGAAAAUGUUUUGGAAACUGCAGUCAGCCGACCACCAGGUAGAAACUGCCCUCUCCUGUGGCGGCUGUAUCUGGCACUGGUUGCUAAUACACAACCCAAAAAGCUGAAGUCAUUGAUAUACACUGCAAUAUUUCACUGUCCAGGAGUUAAGAGUCUGUACUUAGAUUGUGUUCGUCUUAUGCCCAGCCUGUUGAAGGAGAUUGUGAACCUCAUGGCAGAGAAAGGCGUAAGAGUUCGGUUGCCAUUAGAGGAACUGCAGGUUCUUUUGGAAACAGAGCUGGAACUUGAGAAUGAUGAUGAACAGUUAUCACCAAAGGAAGAUGAAGAGGAAAUAUAAAAAAAUAAUAAUUUCAGAAUUAAUGGUUGUGCUGAGCAAAAUAAGUAGGUUCUUGGUAUGGGCUAACUAAAGACAUGGUAAAGCUUUGUAUAUUUUUCAUUGAAAAGGAACUUUACUGUAAAGUCAUUAACCAUUUUUUGUUUUUUGUUCUGUUCAUAAUAUCACAGAGAAGAAUCUUGACUCAGUAGUUUUCAUGACAACAAAUCAUACUAGUUACCUAUAUUGCAAGAUUUGAAGCAUUCUUAUUGUUUGUUGUAGAAAGUUGAAUUUAGGUUCAGCAUGAAGAAGAGGGAUUUUUGUUCUUCUUCUUUUUCUUCUUUUUUAACCCCUGUCUGUCUUUAUUUCUUAGAAAUGAAACAAAAACUUUGGGUUGAAUUUAGCUGAUUAUUUUUUGUUGGUUCAGUUCUCAUUUUUGUAUUUCCUUUUCAUGUAUGGGGUAUUUUUCAUACUUUAAACAUAAAUACAAAGCUGUCACUGUGAUCAUUGUGGGAGAAACCAUUUUAUGGUUGGCAUAAAUGGUAGAGGAGUUGGAUUUUUACAUUUUUACAAUGAAUUAUGUCUUAGAAGAAAUGUAGGUUCUUUUGACUUUGGCCAUGAGGAUGAAAGUUAAUAAAGGAAUAUGAAGAAGUAAUGUAAAGUAUAUUUUGAUCAGUAGUGAAUGUGUCUGAGUAAUAAGUCCAUGGUAUGAACUGACUGAACAUUUGUUAAGUUUUGUAUAUAUGCUUUCAUUAGUAAGAAAAUUAUUGAGAUUUUUAAUAUUUAUUUUUCUUAGAAAUAAAAACAGAAAAUG